ACCAUGGAACCGGCAGUGGACAAGCUGGAAGCUUUGUUUCAGAAGGCGGAGUCAGACCUCAACUACAUCUCCCUCCGACUGGAAACUGAAUUUUCACAGCAAUUUUCAGACAAUGGCCAAGAGCAGCUCAACCCCAUAAAGCUCCUACAAAGAAUGAACCAAGCUAAAGUGCAAUUUAAAAAUCUUGCAGAACAAGCAAGAGAGAUUCAUUCUCGACAACAGGAAAUACAAGCUUGUGUAAGGGACCAAAUGUUAGCAUGUCAGGAUCUUCUGCGUCAUUCACAAAAAUGUGCAGGCCUUGAGGUCAUGGAAAAAAGUGAUGAUGAGCAGUAUCUACAAACAUCAGUACCUUCUGUAAUCAGAAAAGAGACUGCUAGUUCUGAGCUGAGCACUGAUGAAGAAGACAAAGAAAAUAAAACUGAAGGCACAGAGAACAAAACCCAGCAAGAGUCUGAUACAAAACCUGUUAUUAGAGGGAAACAUGAGUUCAUUCCUGUUGAUGAGAGAGAAUUUUUAACAGUCUCAGAGCUUGUGAGAGGGCGGGCAAAACUUCAGGAUGUCAACAAGGUUUAUGAGGUUCUGUUUCAUCAUUUUAAGAAAAACAAACACAGCUCAAGUCUAACUCCCAAGGACAUGACAAAAAUGGGACUUAAGGUUACUGGAGCAACUGGAGAAGCUAAGUUGAAGGUUCUUAGAGCAUUAAAACUCAUUGUCAUUAACAACAAAUUAGCUGUUAAAAUGGCAUGACUUCAAAUUUGUUGUGUGUGAUUGUUUAAGAGUACUCUUCAGUGGUUGAGCUAUAUUGAGUUAAGAAAUAUUUCUAACAAGGGAUUGAAGUGAAACAAAUAUUUGUAUUGUAAAAAAUGUGAAAGAUCUGUUAAAUGCUUACAAAAAGUGCUUGGCAUGCCCCAAAUUCUUUGAAACCUAACAAAUGGUUAGUUUAACACAGUGCACUUUGCUUACUUUGUUACCAGUACUUAGUCUGAUGAUAAAUUUCAAAUAAUUUUACAGUGUUCUUUGAUUUUUAAGAAUGAUUGAUCUAAUUGAAGCUUUUUACUUCCAUAGUGUACUUUAUGUUUCCAGCAACCAUAGAAAUAGAGAGUAAAGUGAUUCUUACCGACAUUCCAUUCCAACAUCCUCCCCCUUCUAGUGCCUAAAUAGGUGAAUCAAACUGUCAGAUAAGAGUUCAAAAGAAUCAUCAAUAAUUAUCUAAGUACAAAGUAUAGUCAAUAAUUAGACAAACAAAACUUUUUUUACGCUGUCAGCAAGUAGACACUAGGAUGGAUGAUAUACAACUUUCAAGCUCACCUAAAUCCAUGAUGGCAUCAAGUUAUCGAUCAAGAUGCAUCUGCUGCAUUUUGGAAACAAACAUAACAAGGAAGUUUGCUGUGAAUUUGCCUUUGCAAAUAUUUUUAAUUUGCUAUAUCUCUUGGUAAGGUUAUGAUGAAACAUUCCAGUUGCCAAUUUGGCGACUCAUUUCCAGAAUUUGGUCGCCAAAGUGAAAAAUGUAGUCGCAUUGGCGCCUGUAUUAGGAACAAUUUCACACCCUGAAAAUGAUUUUUAAGAAUCCCUCUAACUCCUAUAAGUGACCAAGAUCGAAUUUCCCCUUACAGCAUCAAUACAGUAUCAAGCAGACAAGUGAUGAGAAUAAAGAAAAAAAUCAACAAGGGAAAUAUUGGUUGAUCCAAUACCAAAUUCUCUAAAUUAACAUCAAGAGAGUUGUAUGACAGACAGUAAGGAGAAUUACUGAUUAGA